AUGGGUAGUAGCGAGUUAAAAGAAGCCAAGAAGCGAAAGGCCGAGGUUACUGAAUCUGAGAAUGGUGAUAUUGUUGAAAAGGUAGAAAAGAAAGCAAAGAAGGAGAAGAAGGAAAAGUCUGAGAAGAAGGAGAAGAAAGAGAAGAAGGAAAAGAAGGAGAAAAAGAGCAAAAAGAGCUCAGAAGAUAAAGAAGAUGACGGAUCCGGCUCGGAAUCAGAGCUGGAGAUCGAUCUCGAUGCUCCUGAACCUUUGUCGAAGAAGCAGCUUCGUCUGUUGAAGAAGGGUAAAAUUGAUGAGAAUAAGAAGAGCACAUCUAAACCCAGUGAAUCUGAGGAAGAACAGCCAUCUAAGAGAUCCGAAUUCGGUGUUUGGGUCGGAAACUUGUCAUAUGAUACUACCAAGGAAGAUCUACGGAGAUUCCUGGUCGCUAAGACUGCUUCUAACGAGGAAGCUAGUCAGAUCACUGAAAAGUCUAUCACUCGUGUGCACAUGCCAAAAUCCAAAGGUUUUGCUUAUGUCGAUUUUGAAACUGAGGCUCAACUCCAAGCCUGUAUUGCUUUAUCUGAGUCACAUCUGAAUGGUCGUAAUCUCCUUAUCAAGAACUCUAAGUCCUUUGAAGGACGUCCUGAAAAGAAAGAAAACCCACCCACCAGAAUCUUGUUCGUGGGAAAUCUGUCUUUCGACACUAAAGAAGACGAUUUACAGAUGCAGUUCCAACACUGUGGAGAUAUUAUUAGAAUCCGUAUGGCUACUUUUGAAGACAGUGGAAACUGUAAGGGUUUUGCAUUUAUUGAUUUCAAAGAAGUUGAGGGUGCUACCAAGGCAUUGGAAGACAAGCGCUGUAAGAAGCUCCAUGGUCGUCUGCUGAAGCUCGAGUACGGUGAAGACAGAAGCAAGAGAACCAAACAAGACAAGCAGAACAGUAGCAUUGGAGGUGGACGCAAACAGAAUAACGAAGAACAAUACGGAGAAGUGUCGGAAGCCCCAGCCCAGGAAAAGCCAGAGCCCACUUCCGAUUUCGAAUCAGCACCCAAAGCUGCAAAGAAGAAAGAAUGGAAUAAGGAUAAAGCGCCACGAAAAGACCACAGAAACGCCCGAUCCGCACCGGGUCUUGCCCUUGCCAAUGCCCAGCGAGCCAAAGUGUCCAUCGUCGCUUCCAGUGGUAAGAAAACCACCUUUGAUUAA